AUGGCGUCGAACCUGUGUGUUCUCUCGCCAAACUCCGAGUUGUUGGCGGUUUCUAGUCCAGAUGGACGGUUGAAACUGUGGGACACGACUACUGGGACAUUGAAUCAGCAAUACACACCGAGUUCACAUCUCUCAGCAACAUGCACCUGUGUUGCGUGGAGCACGCUUCGGGAGAGCAGGGGAGCUCCAAGGAGGAAGAAAAGGAAAUCUGAAGGAAUUAGAAAGGGAGUUGCUUCAUCAAUAACAGAAAAUGUUGAUUUACUUGCGCUUGGGACAUCUGUUGGGAGCAUUUUAUUAUAUAGUGCUGUAAAAGGAGAUUUGCAGAGUAAAAUGGAUGGUGGUCAUGCUGAUACAGUAAACUGUUUAUGUUGGCAUUUGGAAGAAGAUUCUCUCUACAGUUGUUCUGAUGAUCACCAUAUAACGGAAUGGAGUGUAUCAACAGGAAAAGUGAAAUGCAAAUGGAAAGGAGAUAAAAGUGCCAUUCACUGUAUAAGUAUAUGCCCUGGUGGUACAGUUAUGUUAUCAGCAGCGAGAACUAUCAAAGUGUGGAAUUUGAAAAAUAAAGAAUUACUCAAGAGGUAUACAGGUCAUGCCAGUCCAGUUUCACAAAUAAAUUGUGUUCCUAUGGCAACAAGAACAAUUAGUAUCAGUAAUGAUGAAGAUGAUGCCUUGCAUGAUGUGAAUGGAUUGUAUUUUUUAUCAACUGCUGUCCAUGACAGGGUACUUAAUGCAUGGCAUAUCAAGUCUAAUUCCAAAGAUAAGAAUGCAGUAGCAGCUUUCAGUUUGAUUGAGGAACCAAUCUCAUUUGAUGUAGCACAGUGUCUGCAAUCAGAUCAGUCUAUAUUUAUAGCUGUGUUAACAAGAACUGGUCAGGUACAAGUGUUCGAUCCCACAUUAAAUGGAAAAUCUAAAAAACCCAUCAAACCAAGGUGUACAGUUCAAGUGGCCACUCAGGGGAGCAUAGAGACAGCAGCCAAACCAUUGCCAAUUGUAUGUGUUCAGUUCUGUAAGGGUACAGACAAUACUAUGCUUAUUGGCUACGGCACAUUCCUUAAACCUGUAUUUGAAAAAGUGUGUAUUACGAACGGUGACACAGAUAUAUGUCUGAUUAGAGAGGAUCCAACGCUAGUUCAUUUUCAACACCAAGAUACAGUGCUUAAUAAGGUGAAAACCCCGCUGACCUCGGAAGAAGUCAAAAUAGUCACAACACAACAUUUUGUACCAAUGGGACCACAGGAUGCUUCCACGUCGAGGGGAGCGGUUACGAAAAGAAAAACACAAAAGAAUGAGGUUGCAAUGGAAGAUAGAUUAAAUGCAAUAAGUUUAGCUAGUCAGAAUCUACAGAUGUCAAGUAUACCCCAGUCAGAUUCGUUAGUAUUGUUACUAACGCAAGGUCUUCAAAGUCAAGAUAAACAAAUACUAUCGAGGGUAUUGAAGUAUGGAAGUGAAUCACUUAUUACAAAUACAGUCAAACGAUUACCAGUGCAAUUAGUUGUGCUUUUUGCGGAGGAGCUGGCUCUUAGGAUAAACAGUGAACCAGAAAGGGGCACAAUACUGCUGAAGUGGGUGAAAGCGCUGUUAACGCUCCAUGCAUCAUACCUUAGUACGUUUCCUGAAGUCAUCAAGAAACUCAGUACAUUGUAUCAAAUGAUGGAUACCAGAGUAUUAACUUACACUAAAUUAUCCAGGUUACGGGGCAGACUAUCAUUGAUGAUGUCACAGAUUUCAUCACAGACAUCGGGUGUCUCCAAGAAAGAACUGGACAGUAGACCUGCAAUGUUGUAUUUAGAUUCCUCAGAUGAAGCAGAUGAAAUGGAUGAAUUAUUGCCAAGUCAUUCAGAAUCUGAAGGAGAAUGGGAGGAAUUGUCAGACAUGGAUGCAGAGGAUGGAAAUGAUGAAGAGGAAGAUAAGCAAGAUGAUAGUAGUGAUGAGGGCUAAAAAUCAAGAAUUCUAUGAAUGAAAUAUCAUUUUGGGCAUUUAUAGAAUUUGUAAAUACAAGUAUUUUGGAAUCAUAAGUCAAUAGUGAUUGUGAUGCUAGCUAAUAAAUGACACCUUGCUUUCAUGCAAAUUACUUCCUAUUUAAAAGAAAAUUUGGCUUUAUAGAUUGCAGCCAUGUUUUUGGGUUUUCUAAUCGAUUUAUUGACAAGUCUGAGUUUUACUGAUGCAGUGUAGAAAUGCGCAUACUCCACUCUCUGCUUACAAAGGUCGCUUAUUUUUGUUUUUCACGAACACAAGGCAAUCUGUGUUAUAAGUGUUAUUCACACAAACAUUAACCUUCCAGCUCUUUACACGUUUGUGUGCAUAGCCUGUUUAUCAUUAGACCGGCCGUGUCUGUAUUCAUUGGGUCCCACAAAAUAUUUUUUUUCUUCAGUAUUAUGCUUACUUGUUAAAGAGCGCGAAAAAUUGUUGACGUGCUAAGAAUCAUUUUUUGUCAAAAGGAAAUGCACUACUCCAUUGGGCAGACACAAGUUCAUAGUAUACUAUUAUUGUAUACUGUAAAAUGACUAAUUUUCACUGGGUUUAAAUUUCACUGAUUUACCAUUUCAGGCAUAUUCAAUGGGUUUUAAAUUCACGGUUUCGUCAUUUAGAUAAUGUGUUCUAUGCUAAAUUUUACAUAUUCACUGUGUUGUAAUUUAGCGCAUUUUUCCAGUCAGUGAAAUAAGCUAAAUUAAAACCCAGUGAAUAAUUACCCCAUUUACAGUACUUGAAACAGUUGUAAUGAUAGAAUAACUUUUGUCUGGGGCAAGAUUUACAACAAGUGAAGAUGGUUGCCAUUAACACUUUGAAUAUCUUCUAUAAUUCAACAUAAUUUAUUUCUUUUUUUCUUUUGAUCAUGGUCAGUAGUCAUUUGGAAAUUUGCUUUAAAAUUAAGAAAGAAAUUAUGUACUUAAGAAUGGUGCACCAAUGAGGCUGGGAAAUGUUGCUAUGUUUGCUGAUAAUCAUUACUCUACCCGAUAGCACCUUCAAGUACUGUGCGAGUCGUGUCAACUAGAUUCCGAUGGCCUUAGAUUGAAGAGGAGCAAUCUUCCACAAAAAGUUGUACUAAAAUGUAAAGUUGGAGCUGUAACGGAAUGCUUCUAUGCAGAAAGACGUAAUUUUGAUUUAAAGAGUUUGUUUACAAAUAAAUUCAUUUCAUUUGAAUAUAC